AUGAGCAGGGUUCCCACAAUAGCAACCGUCGUCCGCGGCGCCAGCGUCAACAUCGUCCUCAAAGCCGACCAGCCCACGGGCCGCACCGUCUCGGGAACCGUCCAGGAUGUCCUGACCCGCGGCAACCACCCGCGCGGCAUCAAGGUGCGCCUCUCCGACGGUCGCGUGGGACGCGUACAGUCGCAUGCAGGAGCCCAGCAGGCCGGGACAUCAUCUGCGGAGCAGCCGCAGGAGUUCUCGGGUGAAGCACCGCCCGCCUUCGGGGACAGGCGAGGACCGCGGGGCCGGCAUGGCAGGCGGCAGGAGCAGGAAGCCGAGCUGCCCUCUGCGCAGGUUGGACUUGAUGCGUAUAUUCGGCCCGCGAAGCAAAAGAGAGGUGGCCGUGGAGGGGCUGCGCAAGCUGCUGCUGCUCCGGAGAACGAGGAUACGGUUCCGGCUGUGCCCUCUGAGGUCGUCACCUGUCCUGUGUGCGGCACGUUUGAAGGGGAUGCGGCCGCGGUUGAGCAUCACGUCGCCAGCCAUUUCGACUGA